AGCCGAGCCGAGCCGAGCCGAGCCGUCCUGCGCAUCUCUCAGGGGAAGUUAUGAAUGACUGGAAGGCAGGAAGUGCAAACUUCAUGCUGUCACAGAGAAGCUGAGGACAGAGGCAAAACUGGGAUGGAUUUAUUUUUCAUAUAGGCUCCUCUGCAUCCUGCUAGAGAAAAUUUUAAAAAUCCAAAGAAAUAUAUACAAAGGAAUAUAAGGCCAUUUUGGCCCGUGAAAGUCAAAUAAACAGAUCCCAUUUGGAAGCAAGGAAGGCGCACAGGGUUUGCCUUGGAGGAAUCAAGCAAAAAUCACCGUACAAUAAUUUCUUGGGUGCCCAAUUCUCUUGCUUUUCUGGUACGGAUCUCGCCCAUCUCAAAGAAUAUUUAAGAGACUUUUCCGCCCGCCGUUUGCACGGAGAGGUGCGUGUUACUUACGAAGCAAGCUGUCUUACGGAGAAGGCUGAGCAAACCCUGGCCUUCGAACUACAUUUCAAACUGCACGGAGUUUUUCCACUAUGAAUAUUCUAUCCCAUGGAUACCGAUUCUGAGUUAACCGAUGAGGAAAAUUGCUGGCGUCUUUUGGGAGUCGUACUGGCACUGUGGACCAUGGGCUGCAUUCAGAGCAUCAGUUGCAAAUCCAAAGGCUUCCGCGAAAACAUUUCCGUCCUCGAAGUGAAGGCCUUGAUUGACCCCGUCCCUACCAACAUCGACGAGUCCUCCAGCGUGGUCCUGAGAUACCGGACCCCCCACUUCCGGGCUUCUGCUUGCGUUUUGGUGCCUCCUCUCCCCAAGAAAGAAACCUGGAUUGUGGGUUGGAUCCAGGCCUGCAGCCACAUGGAGUUCUACAACCAUUACGGGGAACACGGAAUGUCCAGCUGGGAGCUCCCAGACCUCCUCGAGGGCAAGAUCCAAGCGAUCAGCGACUCCGACGGCGUCAAUUACCCCUGGUACGGGAACACCACGGAAACCUGCACCAUCGUGGGGCCCACCAAGAAGGAAGUCAAGUUCAACGUCAGCAUGAACGACAACUUCUACCCCAGCGUCACCUGGGCCGUCCCGGUGAGCGACAGCAACGUCGCCAAACUCACCAGCAUCCACCGGGACCAGAGUUUCACCACGUGGCUGGUGGCCACGAACACGGCCACCAGCGAGAUGGUCAUCUUGCAGACCAUCAAGUGGCGGAUGAAACUGGGCAUCGACGUGACGCCCAGCAAGCCCUUGGGCCACCGUGCCAAGCUGAAAGAGCCCUCUGCCCAGGAACAACCGCAGGUGCUAAGCAAGAAUGAGCCAAUACCACCGAGUGCCCUAGUGAAACCCAACGCCAACGACGCCCAGGUACUCAUGUGGAGGCCCAAGGACGGUCUCCCCCUAGUUGUGAUUCCCCCAAAGCAUCGGUAAUGAGACCCCCGUGGCCCAGCGGCACGGGGGAGGGGGGCGCAGGGGGAAAGACGAGGACAAAGAAGACACCACUUCGUAUUUAAGGAAACGUAUAUUUAAGCAGAAAUGUGCUUUUAGAACUCACUUGACAAAAAAGAGGAAAAAUGCAACCAUUCUACCUUCUCCCAUCAGAACGGAUCUCACUGUGCUACGAGCUGAAAGGAAGGACGACCCACGAGAUUGGUUGUGGGGUGUGUCAUCCGAAUUUCCACGAGUUUCUAAGGGGGCAAAUAGCCACCCCACCCCACCCCACACGUCCGGCUUUUUAAAAGAUUUGUUUUCCUUC